AUGUUAUUAAUUUAUAUUAGAUAAAUAAGGAGGAAUUAAUGGAGUUAGAUAGCUAGCUAAUUAAAAUAAAAUAUUAAGUUAUUUGAUAGAAUAGAUGAAUCUAAUUUAUGUAAAGAAUAAAGUUUUAAGAUCAAUUUUCAGAUGAGAAAUUUUAAAUAAAAGUGAGAAAGACCAAUAGAACCAGAAUAAAAAGGUCCAGAAGAAUUUUGUGGUUCAGGUUGUUAACGUUUUGUUUUAGAUUUUUAUUAUGAGGAAUUAGAAUAAUAUGAAAAAGAUCUAAUAGAAUGGGUUACAGAAUUAGACGAGAAUGAAGAGAAAAAUGAAUAAAGUUGA